AUGCGUCGAUGCGCUGCGCUGGAGCGUACAUUUCCGGUCGGCGAAGCAUCCAUAACACAGCAACAAAUUGAACUUCUCGAAGAAAUGCUGGAAGCACUGGAAAAUUUGAUUACGGUGCAUUUCUCGACCAGCGAAGCAUCGCCAGCAGAACGUGUUACCCCGAGACGGCGCCGGGCCACCAAUUGCAGACCGGCAUGUGUGUGCUCGAAACUGAAAACCAGUUAUGCAUAA